GUUACACCAAUACUUUAUUGACAUCAUUUCUUCCCGCCAAGCCGUUUUAAAACUUUCUCUUUCUCUUCUUAACUUUUUUUUAUUUAUUUUAAAAAAAAAUAUGGGAUUUUUCGCUGAAGAAGUUCAAAAGACGUCAGUAUCGUUAUAUAUAGAGAGACUUUCUAAUCUUGAGGAAGUGGAUUGGUACCUCCUGCAGCAAUUGACUGAGUCCAUUCAAAUGCAAGAAAGUGGACCACGAGAAGCAGUAGAGACCGUUCGAAAGAAGCUUAAGCACGGUGGUGCUCAGCAAAAAUUAAGAGUUUUAGAGAUUCUCAAGCUAUUAAUGGAAAAUAGUAAUCAACAAUUUCAUAGACAAUUCCUGGCCAAUGAAAAGUUGAGAGAACGAUUUGAAUUGAUUAUCACCUCUUCGACCGAGAGUCCAGCUGUUAAAAAUAAACUUGUAUCACUACUAGGUGCAUGGUCAAUGAAAUAUAAAAGUGAAGCGGGUAUGAGCGCCAUCACGGAAUUGUUCGAAAGGGGAAGAAACAAACCUCAUACCCGUCCAAGAGCAAAUACAGACAUUGUUAGAUCUACACCCGUUGUACAGUCACCUACAGUUGCCUCUAGAACCAUCGAUUCACCCAUUUCACCUCGCACACCUUCUCCACAAGAUAAACGUAGAUCAUUACCAGCUCCUAAACCUGUUACACCUGCUGUGGUUGAACAACCCAAGAUUGUAAAUAAGCCACGUAGUCAUAGUUCCGCUGCUGCUACCACCACUGUUGCUACCGGUAGUAAUAGUGGUGGUUCAUCUCCCUCUGGUUCAGGGGGUAACGUAACGCGUGUAUUCAACUUCGAAAAGGCAAAACCCAGAAUCAUUGAAGAAAUCGCUCUAGCCAAUCAAAAUUCCAACAAUUUGAGUAAUGCACUCAAGCUUAUCAACACAUCAGAAGAAAGGUGGGAGAUAGACUUACAGCAUGAUAAACGUCUACAAGAAUAUCGUGAUAAAUGUGAGGAAUCCAAGAAAAAGAUCGUGAGAUAUGCCAGAUUAGUUGAAAAUGAGGAAUGGAUUGGUACAUUAUUAGCUACAAAUGAAGAUCUCUUAAAGACUCUGGACAUGUAUGAUGUGAUGCUUGUGGGUGAGAUACCUGCUGCUUGGUUAUUAGCACAGCAAGCUCAGCAGAAAAACAUUUCUUACUAUGAUCAUAUACACACCUCACCACCUGCACUACCUCCGUUACCAGCACCUAAACAAAUCAGAGCUCCUCCUCCUCCACCACCUAAUAGAUUGACCUUACAGAUUCAAGAUAAGCCUCAAGAUGAUCUUGAUCCUUUUGCGGAUCCAUUUGCUGAUCCUGUCACACCAAUUGAAGAGGAGAACAGAAGAUCUUACAUGUAGUUGACUCAUAUAUGAAACUGUAUAUUAUAACUUAAUAAAAAAAAAUUUCACUCUAUGUGAUUUCUAAACUUAUA